AACGGCGAACCACAUCAAUUAGCAAUAGAACCAGUGAAGGAAACAGUACAAGACGCCGCAAAAGCUAGCACGGCCUCGACGGCGAACAGAUGGCGCGCAGCCAGUUGCCGUGAUGCCGUCGAUCUCGCCGGCGGAUUUACUUGUCUGCUCCGGCCGGUGCUCCACGAAGCGCGACCUCCGGCUCCUCCAUGCCGCUCUCCUCCGUCGCUGCCACAUACUCCCGGCGGCCGACGCCGUCGCGGCGCUCGCCAAGCUCCUCCGCUUCGCCGCGGUCUCCCCCGCCGGCGACCUCCGCCACGCCUCCGUGCUCCUCUCUCUCCACCUACCGUUCAUCUCGGCCGCCGCCUCCCACCUCGCCUUUUUCUACAACACCCUCAUGCGCGGCCUGGCAGCCUCCUGCUCGCCCGGCGCUGGCAUCGAGCUCUUCACCGCAAUGCACCGCGCGGGCGCCGGGCCCGACGCCUUCACCUUCACCUUCGUCCUCAAGUCUUGCGCCCGCUGCCAUUCGCCGGGGCGGUUACCUUCUGAUCUACACGCCCAGGCGUUCAAGCACGGCUGCCUCGGCGCGCGGAGCUCGCACGCUCACGUCCACAAUGCUUUGCUGCACGCGUACGCGUGUCGGGCCGCUGUGGACGACGCGCGCAGGGUGUUUGAUGAAAUGCACGUCCGGGAUGUAGUCUCCUUCUCGGGGCUACUCACCGCGCACCUCAAAGGCAACCAUUUGGAUUCCGCACGAAUGGUGUUCGACCAAAUGCUGCACCGGGACGUCGUUUCCUGGACUGCCAUGAUUUCUGCCUAUGCCAAGGCACGGCGUCCACAGGAGGCCCUGGCGUUGUUUGAUGCAAUGCCAGUGCAGCCAGACGAGGUGACCAUGGUGAGUGUUGUGUCGGCGUGCUCUGCACUUGGGGACCUCGCAACUGGGGAGCGUUUGCGGCAGUAUGUUGAUUCCAAUGGUUUUGGUUGGAUGGUUUCACUCCGCAAUGCGCUUAUGGAUAUGUAUGCUAAGUGUGGUUGCCUAACAGAAGCGCGUGCUUUGUUUUAUGGGAUGACAGUCAGGAGCUUAGCAUCUUGGAACACGCUUAUCUCAGCGUAUGCAUCACAUGGUGAUGUGGAUAGCACAGUUGCUUUGUUUCAUCAGAUGCUGGCAGAUGACAAUUCCGUGAAGCCAGAUGGGGUGACACUGCUCGCAGUGCUCACCGUGUAUGCACACAAGGGCUCUGUUGAGGAGGGGCGCACUGUGUUCAAUGCGAUGCAAAGAGGAAAUUAUGGCAACGUGGAGCUCACCAUUGAGCACUAUGGGUGCAUGGUGGACUUGCUUGGUCGGGCAGGGCAACUUGAGGAAGCAUACAAGAUGAUAGAGCAAAUGCCGAUUCAGAGCAAUGAUGUGAUCUGGGGUGUGUUACUUGGUGCAUGCCGGAUGCAUGGCAAUAUUGACAUGGCAGAGAAGGCAGUCAAUAAACUAAGGAGCCUAAACCCGCAGGAGGGUGGUUAUUACAUUUUGCUCAUAGAUAUGUACACAGCCGCUGGCCGAACAGCAGAUGCCACGGAGGUUAGACGGGUCAUGAAUGAAACUGGGGCCAAGAAGACUACAGGCUGGAGCAGCUGGACUACUGCCUGUCUGCCUCAACAGUAGUUUGCCGAUGCCUAUAUGGCUGGCCUUUGGCUCACAAGCUAAUCUCUCCUGGAGGCAUAUAUCAAUCAAUUUUCACUUAAAACCA